AUGGCACGACAGUUAAGAUUGCAUUUUGCUACCCAAAGAAGCAACACAGACCCAUUAUCGGAAACAUCUGAAGAUGUUUUGGAUAGUAAUAAUUGUAUGUACUUCAAAAAAUUGCAGAAUUCUGCACCUAAUAUUACACAAAUGAAACUGACUCCUAGACAAGUUGCUUAUGCACCUGUAAUGCAACAAGUAAGUAAUCAAGAGGAAAAUGCAACUAUUUCUUCAUUGCAAAUAAAAAAGAGCACCUCGCUGCACAUUUCUCUACAGUCUAGAAAGCAUAGUGGAAGUUUUCGGUCUGGUGAUGUGGUAGCUACUGGUGAAGACACUUCAUUCAUUGGUAUUGGUAAUGAAGGAAAUUGUGGUGCUAGAAUUGUGGUUGAUCAUCGAUCUAAUGAUAGCCUUCUGAGCAGUUCGGCUCUGUGCAAUGGCAGUCUUAGCAGUAUUGCAGCCAGUGACAGUGGAUCGUUCAGCAGUGCUGGCAGUGACUACGGAUCAUGUGCAAGUACCACAAGUGAUGGAGGUUCAUAUACUAACAGUGUCAUCAGUGACAGUGGUAGUGGCACUCUUUCAACAGGUGAUGGUACGUUCUGUAGUAGUGCUGUACAUGGUGAUUCUUCAUAUAGAAGCACUGCAAACAAGUAUAAUCCCUAUAGGAACAACUCAUCUCAGGAAAUUCUCUGUAGAAGUAAUACUACUUUUGACCAAGAUGUUUUGUCACUAGGGAAGAAAACUAAAAUUCCACUGCGACGUUGUUCAUCACUGGUUAUUUUCCCUAGGAGUCCUUCUAGUACUCCUCCAGCUUCUCCAGUAAGCUCAUGUCAACUACCACAUAGAGGCGCCUAUCAAACAUCCCAUAAACUAAUUAUUUCUCCUAGUGAGCUGGCACAAAAAGAAGAUCAAACUAUUGCCAAGGGAUUCCUCUCAACAGCAGUCAAUGGACUUCGACUGUCUAAAACAGUUUGUUCUUCUGGCGAAGUCAGAGACAUUCGACCACUUUAUUUGAAUACAUCAUUACAGGACAAAAGUAAAAUUUUGAAUAGUUCUGAGCAGGCAACUUGUGAAGAAGUACCUGAUGGCUUCUCAUGUAUUUCAGUGCAACUCACACAAGGAGCAUUUGCAUCAAGUAGUGAAAUGGUUAACGGCUGUUGCAGUCCAGAGUUAAAUCUGAACUCCAGUGCAAAAUACCCUCAUUUAAAACUGGCACGUAGCACAUCUGCAUGUUUACCCUCAGAAAUAGAUUCAGAAUAUCAGAUAAAUAUAAAUGAACUAGAAAGACCAAAUGUACAGAUGAGCAAACCCCACCAUGUUUUGCAAAGAAGUCUUUCGUUGGAAGGAUCACGUCAAAAAGUUUCUUGCUGUUUAUCCAGCCUUAAAUACAAGUGUCAUAGUGCAAGGACGUCUCAGUUGCACAUACAGUUCAAACCUGGGAAUGAAGGAAAAACUGGUGUUAAGAAAAGAUAUGGAACCUCUAAAAGGGAAAUGUCUAGCACCUCUUUGUGGAGGCCCGAUAAGACUCGAGAUGAUUUUCUUGGGCAAGUGGAUAUUCCUCUUUAUCAGUUACCGACAGAAAAUCCAAGUAUGGAGAGACCAUAUACAUUUAAGGAUUUUGUUCUUCAUCCAAGAAGCCAUAAAUCUAGAGUUAAAGGUCACCUUAGGUUAAAAAUGACUUAUUUACCUAAAAGCAAUGGGUCUGAAGAAGAAACCACAGAACAAGCUGAAGAAUUAGAGCCUGGGUGGAUUAUAUUGGACCAACCAGAUGCUGCUAGCCACAAACAGCAGCAGCAGGAAUCUCCUCCACUGCCCUCAGGCUGGGAAGAAAGGCAAGACAUCCUUGGAAGGACCUACUAUGUCAAUCAUGAAUUCAGAAGAACACAGUGGAAAAGACCAACUGCUCAGGACAACGUAGCUGUUGCAGAUAUUGGUACUGUGCAGUUGGAAGCCCAGCAUGUGUUCACUCAUCGGCGACAGAUAUCAGAGGAUACAGAAAAUGUAGACAACAGAGAUUCCCCCGAGAGCUGGGAAAUUAUAACUGAAGAUGAGGCAACAAUGUAUAGCAAUCAGAACCUUCAAAUACCUCUCUCGCAGAGUAAUUGUGAUAUACAGACUCAUCUUGCAGAAGAAUUGAAUACCAGACUUACUACCUCUGGAAGUUCAGCUACCAGCCAGUCAGCAGCCUACACUAACCAUUCCAGCAGAAGAGGUAGUCUGCAAACAUACAGAGUUGAAGAGCAGCCUGCACAUCCAGUGUUACUGCCUACUUCAUCUGGAUUACCACCGGGCUGGGAAGAACGACAAGAUGAAAAAGGCAGGUCAUAUUAUAUAGAUCACAAUUCCAGAACCACUACCUGGAUAAAGCCAGUUGUACAGAUUGCUACAGAAACAGGUCAGUUGUCAGCUACGCAAAGUAUUUCUAUAGGAAGACAACCACAAGCAACAUCAAGUGAUUCAUCACAACAGUCUUCUCAGCAGCAGCCUGAAGUGGAGCAAGGAUUUCUCCCUAAAGGCUGGGAAGUCCGACAUGCACCCAAUGGGAGACCAUUCUUUAUUGAUCACAAUACCAAAACUACAACAUGGGAAGAUCCAAGACUGAAAAUUUCUGCUCAUGUGAGGAGAAAGACUUCCCUAGAUCCAGUAGACCUGGGCCCAUUACCACCAGGGUGGGAAGAGAGAACUCAUACGGAUGGAAGAAUAUUCUUCAUAAAUCACAAUACAAAGAAAACACAAUGGGAGGAUCCUCGACUGCAGAAUGUGGCAAUAACUGGACCAGCUGUGCCUUACUCCAGGGACUAUAAACGGAAGUAUGAGUUCUUCAGAAAGAAAUUGAAGAAACAGAGCGAUAUUCCAAAUAGAUUUGAAAUGAAAAUUCAUCGCACAACAAUCCUUGAAGAUUCUUACAGAAGAAUUAUAGCUGUAAAAAGAGCAGAUUUCCUUAAAGCAAGACUUUGGAUUGAAUUUGAUGGUGAAAAAGGUUUAGACUAUGGAGGAGUAGCCAGGGAAUGGUUCUUCCUUCUCUCUAAAGAAAUGUUUAAUCCUUAUUAUGGAUUGUUCGAAUAUUCAGCUACAGAUAACUAUACUCUGCAGAUCAAUCCAAACUCUGGACUUUGCAAUGAAGAUCAUCUCUCUUACUUCAAGUUUAUAGGUCGUGUAGCUGGAAUGGCUGUUUACCAUGGCAAACUUUUGGAUGCCUUUUUUAUUCGUCCUUUUUACAAGAUGAUGCUCCAAAAACCUAUAACACUUCAUGAUAUGGAGUCUGUGGAUAGUGAAUAUUACAAUUCUCUGAGAUGGAUUCUUGAAAAUGAUCCAACAGAGCUGGACCUCAGAUUUAUAGUUGAUGAAGAACUUUUUGGUCAGACCCAUCAACAUGAACUGAAAUGUGGUGGAUCAGAAAUAGUUGUCACCAACAAGAACAAGAGAGACUACAUUCAUCUUGUAAUUCAGUGGAGAUUUGUGAGCAGAGUGCAGAAACAAAUGGCAGCCUUUAAAGAGGGUUUUUUUGAACUAAUACCGCAGGAUCUGAUUAAAAUUUUUGACGAAAAUGAGCUAGAGUUAUUAAUGUGUGGACUGGGAGAUGUGGAUGUGGCUGAUUGGAAACUACAUACAAAAUACAAAAAUGGCUACAACAUAAACCAUCAAGUAAUACAGUGGUUCUGGAAGGCAGUCUUAAUGAUGGAUUCUGAAAAGAGAAUAAGAUUACUUCAAUUUGUUACUGGCACAUCACGUGUACCUAUGAAUGGGUUUGCUGAGCUGUAUGGUUCAAAUGGGCCACAGUUGUUUACAGUUGAACAGUGGGGUACCCCUGAAAAACUGCCAAGAGCUCAUACCUGCUUUAAUCGCUUGGAUUUGCCUCCAUAUGACUCGUUUGAAGAUUUAUGGGAUAAACUUCUUCUAGCAAUUGAAAAUACUCAGGGUUUUGAUGGGGUUGAUUAAGACACAGACAAAAAUUGUAUCGGUCCAGUGCUGCAAUUUCUUUUUGAGGGUUUACAAACAAAUUUGAAUUUUCCAGGGACUACC